AAUUGAGCUUAUAUAAUAUAACGUGGUUCUUUUUGAGUGCUUUGACAUUAAUCCCCAUUCAUCCCUAUUCUGAGAUAAUGACGAUGGUGUCGCUGACAACCGUUGUUCUUCAGUCAAUAAUAAAGCCGGUGUCGAGACAUGUUUGUUUGGUUAAGUCUCGUGUAUAUAAAAAUUGAAAAACAUAUGCGAGAACACAAAGCAUGAGUAGCAAUACAAAGAGAACUAUAUACGUAGGUGGCUUAGCAGAAGAAGUAGAUGAAAAAGUACUGCAUGCUGCAUUUAUACCAUUUGGAGAAAUAAUUGAUGUGCAAAUACCAUUAGAUUAUGAAUCUGAGAAACAUAGAGGAUUCGCGUUUAUUGAAUUUGAAACUGCUGAAGAUGCAGCAGCAGCAAUAGAUAAUAUGAAUGAUUCAGAGUUAUUUGGACGGACGAUAAGAGUAAAUAUUGCUAAGCCUCAAAAGAUAAAGGAAGGUUCAUCAAAACCAGUAUGGGCAGAUGAUGCUUGGUUGCAAGAACAUGCAGGUGAAACUCUUAAAACAGAUGAAAAUUCGAAAACUGAUGAUGCAUCUCAAUCAAAAAAGCCUAAGAAAAAUCCACAGGUUUACUUUGAUAUCAACAUUGGAAAGCAAGAAUUAGGUAGAAUUAUUAUGAUGCUAAGAGCAGAUAUUGUACCGAAAACUGCAGAAAAUUUUCGUGCACUUUGUACUCAUGAAAAAGGUUACGGAUAUCAAGGCAGUACUUUUCAUAGAAUUAUUCCAGAUUUUAUGUGUCAAGGAGGAGAUUUUACUAACAAUGACGGGACUGGUGGAAAAUCGAUAUAUGGAAAUAAGUUUGAAGAUGAAAACUUUGAAUUAAAACACACAGGGCCAGGUACUUUGUCAAUGGCAAAUUCAGGAUCAAAUACAAAUGGAUCACAAUUUUUCCUUUGUACAGCACGCACAGAUUGGCUAGAUGGCAAACAUGUAGUUUUUGGUCAUGUUCUUAGUGGUUUAGAUGUUCUAAAAAAAAUGGAAAAGUAUGGAACAAAGUCGGGUACCACAACUCAAAAGGUUGUUAUAUCAGCUUGUGGUGAAUUAACAUAAUAAUAAAACAAAUAUUAUUUUUUAAAAUAGUUUAUUCCAUAUUAAAAAUUA